AUGACCGUCUUUAUGAGCGAUAAUGCAUCAAGAUCAUCGGAAUCAAAAUUACAAGAGGAAAAGAAGCGCUUGUCAAUGUUAAAAGAUGCUUUACAAAGAUCGAAUAACUUAACGCAUGGCAUGAUAUCAACAUUAGACAAUUUUGAACGAAAAUUGAAUUCACUCGACGAUAUCAUUACGCCUGUUUAUGACAGUACAAAUGAAUUACGAUUACUUCUCACAAAUGUCGAGAAAACAUUGUCCGUGUGUGAUAGUGUAUUACAUUAUUACGAUGUUUGUUCCGAGUUGAAUUCAACGAUAUCCUCGGGCCCUGGUGGAAAUAUUAUCGAUUAUUUGAAAGAACUGGAGAAAUUAGAAGAUGCAGUGAAAUAUUUUAAACGUGUUUCAGCACAACAACAAGGAGCUGUGUCUGAACGAGAAAGAGUGAAUCAACUAUACGAUCUGGGUCGUCGUCGUCUCCUUGAUGAAACGGAUAAACUAAUUAUGAGAUAUUCCAAUCCAUUACAAGCUAAAGAAGUUUUAGAUUUAUUGGAUCAACAAGAACAACUUUCUGCAAACAAUUCGUCAUCAAACUCGUCCGGAUUUGACUUACAAUCAAUGCAAGAAGCUGAUUUACAAGCAUUACGUACAAUAAUCGAAUGGUUUUCAAAAAUUGGUUUUCGUCAAGGUUUGGUUGAUUUAUAUGCAAAUAGAAGAGGAACAAUGAUGAGAAGAUCGUUGCAAUUAUUAUCUGAGUACUUAAGAAGUACAAGUGUAAGAAGGUUAUCGACAAGCUUAACAUACAGUCCGAAUAUUAGAGCGCGUGAUGAUAAAGGUGACACAAUGAAUCGUCGAGCUGGACGAAAAAUUGGCCGAAAAUUUAUUCGUUCUCCUGCUCCAUCCAAAGCUCAUUUGCCAUCAAAUUAUCCGAUUAUGGAAGAACCACAAACGCCGAACUCUCCAUCUUCAUCGCAACAGACGAGUGUUGGACAAUCGUUUAAUUUAACUGUGUCAGGCGCCGUUGGUGGUCAAUCAGAUGAUGAUCGUGAAACAAAUAAUUAUAAACUAAUGUUAGAUUCAUUUCUGAUACUGCUAAAUCGUGAUCGGGAUAUGUUACAAUAUGUAUUUCCUCAAGAACUGACAUCUUUAGUAUUUACAAAAUUAGCCGAGUUACCAUUAGUCUACAUGAAAGAAGAAGCACAAAGAAUAUGUGAUACAAUUGAACGUACGCAUAACAAAUUAGAAUCAAAAUUUUGUGUAUUUGGCCAAUUUUCUGUAUUACAAUGGUUUUUUAAAUCAAGACAAACGUUUAGUAAAUUAUAUCAAGAGAGUGAUGCAGCUCGUCGUCAACAAUUUACUACAUUAUCUGCAACAUUUGAGCAAUCGGCUGUUAGUUGUUUACGUCAUAUUUUGGAUGAAAUAAAGUUAGAUAGUAGUCCACCGUCGGUUGGUGGCAAUGUUCAUCCGUUAACAUCACACGUGUUGGCAUUUAUGGAAGGUCUGUUGAAUUUUGAAGAAACAGCAACAAUUAUAGCUUCAUUAUACGUCGAUCAAGAACAAAAGUCGUCGAACACACCUGUUGAAACAAAUGAACAAAAGGGACAAUAUGAUUUGGGAAAAUAUUUUUGUCAAUUAAUUCGUUGGCUACAUGUAACAAUAUCAAAAAAAGCCGAUUUAUACCAGCGAAAUGAUACAACUAUACGAGCAAUAUUUCUAUUAAAUAAUGCAAAUUAUUUAUUAAAACGAUUAGAAAACUCAUCACUGUUAUCUAUUUUACAAAAAUAUCAACCAGAUUUAAAAUCAAAAUAUGAAGCUGAUUUUCACACGAAUAUUGGAAAUUAUAUAAAAUGUUAUAGUCCGUUAAUAAUAGCCAUUCAACAAAUGCUUGAGUAUGAUAAUUCUCAACGACUGCCGGAUACAAAACUUCGUGAAAAAGAUCGUGAACAAUUAAAAGACAGUUUUAAUCAUGUCAAUUCAGCUAUUGAUAGUCUUCGUUCUCAAUGUCAAGAAUAUAUUAUAUCGGAUAUUGAUUUACGACAUCGUUUACGUCAAGAUGGAAAAGCAGAAAUUUUGGAGUCAUUUCGAAAAUAUUAUCAAAAAUUUGCACACAAAGAAUUUACUAAAAAUCCUAAUAAAUAUUUGAGAUAUUCACCUGAAACAUUAGAACGAAUUAUUGAUGAAUUUUUUGAAAUGAAAAAAUGA